AAAAUCGUUGGAUAAAUUCAGCAGCGUUGCUUAUUUCGUCAUUUCUUGUAACAUUGUCAGCGUUAACUGCUUAUCUAACCAUUAAAAUAUCGCAUGGAUCCAUGAUUAAAUUUUCUGUGCUUUUCUUCAGUAUUUGUGCCAUCAACAUCGUAAUUUCAAACUACAGUGGGCAGAAUGUUUUAAUGGAGUAUUGUCUUCAGUUCCGGUUUAAAUCUCUUCAUAAGUAUUUCUGUCAACUAUUUCCCACAGAACCAGAGCACGUGAACAGUUUCAAACUUGCUAGUAUUUCGAGAAAUCGCCCACUUCUAAGCGAACGGAUUGCCCAAAUAGCGGAUCUUCACUACUUUCUGGUACAGCUAACGGACAGGUACAACGACAUUUUCGCGGUACAGCUAAUGCUGACCCACCUGGGAGCAACGUUAAUAACGAUCCUUUCCUGGUUCUCCGUGUACCGGGCCGUGGUGAGCGCCGAUGGAGACAGUAUCUUCGUGGUGUCCAUUAACGUGAGCUGGAGCUUUUACUACUCCCUCUAUCAGUUUAUGUACACCAUGAUGGGAGCCCAAGUGUCCUUCGAGGCCAAACAGAUGGGAAUUGUUGUUCACAAAGCGAUCGAACUCGUAACGGACGAAGAUAUCCGAGAUGAGGUCACGUCACAAACAAAUUUGUACAUUCUUAUCUAUUCAAUAAUUAUAUUGCUUAAUUUCAGUUGCUCCUAUUUUCCGCACAAAUAG